AUGUCUGCUGAGAGCGACCUGGCUGAUGAUUUGGACCGGCAGGCCUCAUUGACGUCAUCGAGGACGAAGAAGAUACCCAUUCAAGGAACUCGAAACGUCCUCGUUACGUCCGCGUUACCGUACGUCAACAACGUGCCGCACCUGGGAAACCUCAUCGGUGCUGUGCUCUCCGCUGACGUCUACGCGCGCUACCUACGUCAGUGUGGAGUCAAUGUGCUCUACAUCUGUGGCACUGAUGAGUACGGCACCGCCACAGAAACAAAAGCGAGAGAGGAAGGCGUAUCGCCAAAGGCGCUUUGUGACAAGUACCACGAACUGCACCGACACAUCUACCAGUGGUUCGACAUACGCUUUGAUCACUUUGGACGAACAUCUAUCCCUCAGCAGACAGCCAUCUGUCAGGAGAUAUUCUGGGAUGUGUACAGAAACGGCUUCGUCGUCGAGGACACCGUCGAACAGCUCUACGACGCGGAGGCGGGUAUGUUCCUCGCAGACCGCUAUGUGCGGGGCACGUGCCCGCACUGCGGCUACGCUGAGGCGCAAGGAGACCAGUGUGACGCGUGCGGGAACCUUCUGAACCCGACGGAACUGUUGGAUCCUCGUUCCGCACUGACCGGAAGCGUCCCAGUGCGCCGCACGUCCCGCCACCUUUUCCUGGACCUUCCGCGGCUGCGUGACGAACUGGAGGCGUGGAUUGAGCGCUCUGCAGCUCGGGGGCAAUGGAGCGAAAAUGCCCUCACGAUGACGCGGAGUUGGUUGCGUGAUGGUCUCAAAAAAAGAUGUAUCACAAGGGAUCUGCGUUGGGGCGUUCCAGUUCCACUAGAUGGAUUCCAAGACAAAGUUUUCUACGUCUGGUUCGAUGCUCCGAUUGGCUACCUGAGCAUCACUUCGGACUACAUGGGCGACAACGAGAGCUGGCGCUGCUGGUGGCAGCAGCCAGACGAUGUUGAACUCAUUCAGUUCAUGGGCAAGGACAAUACACCAUUCCAUACGAUCAUUUUCCCGGGAACGCUACUCGCUACCCGGCGUCCGUUCACCAUGCUUUGUCGCUUAUCGACGACAGAAUAUCUGAACUAUGAGAGCGGUAAGUUCAGCAAAAGCCGCGGUACUGGCGUCUUUGGUGACAGCGCAUCCGAGACGGGUAUACCCGCUUAUGUGUGGCGUUAUUAUUUGGUGGCAAAUCGACCAGAGCAAGCAGAUUCUGUCUUUACAUGGACCGAUCUGGCUGCAAAGAAUAACAACGAAUUGCUUGCGAACAUUGGCAACGUCGUCAGCCGCGUGGUUGCUUUUGUUCAGAACCAAAUGGGAGGCGUGCUGCCGGCGCUCGCGGACGCCUGGUCACCAGCGCCGCUCGAUGAACGCUUGUUCGAGCAGGUUACGGCGGAGUUGCAGGUUUUUCAUCAGGCAAUGGCGAAUAUCGGCUUGAAGGCAGCGCUGCGCUCGAGCAUGUCCAUCGGAAGACUCGCGAAUCAGUACUUGCAGGAAACAAAGCCGUGGGACCUCUUCAAACAGGACUCGAAACGCGCAGACGGUGUUCGUGUUCUCGUCAUCGCGAGUGCAGUUAUCCGCUUGCUGGCUGUGACCCUCGAGCCGUUCCUGGGGUCGGGCUUCGCGAGGCUGGUUUUCCAACAAAUCGGUGUACCCCAUGCCGAUGAGACAAAUCGAAUUCCGCAGCGUUUCGAUCGAUCGCAGCUUCAGGAAUGGAACUAUGGCACCGAAUCAUUUGCGUUUGGCAAACCACAGCACCUGUUCACGAAGCUGGAACCCAGCUUCAUAGAAGAGCUCCGUCGCCAUUUCGCGGGACAUGUUUCUGCCAACGAAGGCUCGGCAUCGAGUGGUGUGGCAUCUUCCGACAGCGAGCUACCUCUGGAACUUCGUCUCGGACGGAUUAUGCAGUGCAACAAGACAGCGCAGUCCGAUCAAUUGUAUCAGUUGGUGCUGGAUCUAGGCCCCGAGGAGGGAUCUCGCCAAGCAGCGGCAAAUCUCGGACAUGCGUUUCCGAUGACCAGCGACUUGCUCGGCCGCUUCGUUGUCGUAUGCUGUAAUGUGGAGCGCGCGGUGCUAGGCGGUGUGCAAAGCGAGGCUAUGGUGCUCGUUGCAGAGAAGAAGGCGCGCACAGCGCUCCUAACAGUGCGCCACGCGAAUGAGGCUAUGCUAGGGGCAAGACUGCUCCCAUGGUCAGCGUCUGAAUCAGGAAAUCCGCACACGGCACUGAUGAACGCAGCUCCGCUGUCACCCCUGGAUCGGAAGGGUCUCCAGAGCCGUCUGAAGGAACUUCGUGUUCGCGACGACGGUGUCGUGAUUUGGAAGCAAAACAAGCCGCUGGCAGCUGUCGUCCGAGAUCCCGAUGAUCCACGUCCUCUUGGAACAUCUAGCGACCCCGCGAUGAAGCCGUCUACCGCAUGGGUCGUAGUUAGCGCCGAAGCAUCCCUGGAUGUAGGAUUCUGGAAUAACGCACGUGUACGGUAG